AAAACCCGGCACAUCUCUAAUCUCUGAAUAACCCCCGGAAGUCCGUCUGUCAACAUCAACAGAAAGGAAAGAUGCAUGGAAGACCUCGGAAAACAUCAUCAAAAUCACCCGAAGAAGAACAAGCAUCGGCUCUCAAAGCUUCCAAGCUUCGAUCUUUACAAUCCCAAUCCCUUCAUUUCCAUCACAACCAUAAUUACUCUAAAGAAGCCUUAGAAAUCAAUGCUAAACUUAUUGAAGCAAAUCCCGAGUUUAUGACCGCUUGGAAUUUUCGUAAACUGGCAUUCCUACAUAAUAUCAAUCAAUCAGAUAACGAGGCUCCCCCCGAUCGCAUUAAAUCGAUUAUCGAUCAAGAAUUGCAAGUUGUGGAAAGUGCAUUGAGGAAGAAUUUCAAGUCUUACGGAGCUUGGGAUCACCGAAAAUGGGUGCUAAGCAAAGGGAAUACUUCAACAGAGCGGGAAUUGGGGCUUUUAAAUCUGUUUCAGAAGCAAGACUCUCGCAAUUUUCAUGCUUGGAAUUACCGGAGGUUCAUAGCGGAUUUGAAGAAUAUACCGGAUGAGAAGGAGCUACAAUUUACAACGGAUAUGAUUGAAGAUAACUUCAGUAAUUAUUCUGCUUGGCAUAAUCGUAGUGUUCUCUUAACUCGUCUACUGGAGAAAAAGGCCGAAGGAUAUUCUCCUAAGGAGAACUUUCUUUCGAAGGAGUAUGAGUUUGUACGAAAUGCAGUAUUUACCGACCCAGAUGAUCAGAGUGGGUGGUUCUAUCAUCUUUGGCUUCUUGAUCAAACUGUCAAAGUGGGCAUGCCUCUUUUAGCUUCUUCAUGGCCUCCUCAUGGUUCCGAGAUAAAUACACCGAUAAAUGUAGAGGCGCAUGCUUUGUCCUUUUCUGUCAUUCUUUAUUUUAAUGAACCAGUUGAAGGUGUAAGUUCACAUGCGGUUAGUGUUGAAAUUGAGAAUGAAAUAUGCAAGGAUAUUACUUGGAGUCCACUUUCUUCAAAUAUAUUUGGAUGUGGUCAAGCUUGGGUGGCACAUCUGAGUAUUCCUUACGAGGAACCUAACUCAAAGAUCUUUGAAGUGAAAGUUAACUCAAAAGAUUCUCAAGAGAUAACUUCCUUAAGUGGUAUUCCAUGUAGCCAGCCUUGGUCUUUUGCAUUUACAGUUUCUGUAUGCCAUGAUCUGCCACGUGCUGAGGAACAGAGUUUAGGAAAGAUAUUAUUGACAGAUGAAAGUUUCUGUACAGUUGAUUCAAACUUGAACAGGAUGGGGUUGAUUGAUUCAUAUUUUGAGUUGAAUUUGAUCGGUAAUGAGCAUUUCGCAUCAUCAAACUGGAAAUUAGAAAUGAUUACUGCUGAAAUAGAUCAAUAUCGAGAACUAUUGACAUGGGAUGAUUGUUUUGAUAGCAAAAUUGGGAAGCUUACACUUGCAAGAUUAUUGAUGGCAUAUGAUGAUAUGGUGUCAACCAAUACUCCAAAUAUGUCUCAUGUAGAGGAAGUUUUGCAACUAUAUUCUGAAUUGAUGAAGUUGGACCCGCCACAUCAUCAAUAUUACAAGGAUGAGCACAGCUUGGUUUUCUUAAAACAGGUGACUUCGAGCAAGGAUUCUUUGCUAAGAUACUGCUGGCAGUAUAAAGAGUCAACUUCUACAAAAAUCACUGGCUCCAUGUGCUUAAGAUUGAAUUCUCUAUCAUUGUCACAAAUUGGAUCCUUUGAGCGGUUAUUAUGGGUGCAAAGUCUUGAUCUUAGCCACAACCAACUUCAUUCUAUUGAAGGAUUGGAGGCUCUGCAACUUCUCUCAUGCUUAAACCUUAGUCACAAUAAACUCGGCAGUUUCGCAGCAUUAAACCCUUUGAGAUUAUUGAAGUCACUGAAAGCGUUGGAUAUAUCCCACAACGAAAUUGGUGCACACACUGUGGAUACAAGAAGGUAUCUGUGUUCAUCUCCCUUGUCACAUACACUCGCAUAUGAUAAAAAAUUUGAAGAAUUUGUUAAUGGUGAUGCCAAAGUGGUCAACUUUUGGGAAGCUUAUUCGAUUUUUGGAGGUCUAAGUUUGAUGCAGCUAAAUAUUGUGGGGAAUGCUGCUGCUGAUGAAAGGUUUUUGUCGUUUCUGGUUAAAUUGUUCCCUGGACUUAAAUGGCUUGAUGAUGAAGAAUUGAAGUAGUUAGUACUCCUAAAUUUGUUUACAUUGUCCAACUUACAUGUACUCUGCAUAGUCAUGUAAAUUAUAAUUUAUAGAUACCAUCUUCAUUUUCUCCGGAAUCAAUUUAUAUCUUUAAAAUGUAUUUGUUAGCCUUAGAGGCUUAUAAUUAGUUAACCUGUAACUUGAACCAUAACCUCAAAUCAUGUUGAACACACUUUCGGCUUUGCUCA